UUUGAGAUAACUUUAAUUAUAUUUUUGAUUUUAAUUUCUGCAAUAACUAAAAGAGCAUAAAUUCCUUUUUCUUCUUGAUUACCAGCUGCAAUAGCUACUCCAACACCUGUUUCAGCUUUAGUUCAUUCUUCAACUUUAGUAACUGCUGGGGUAUACUUAAUAAUUCGAUUUAGAGAAUUAUUAAUAAAAAGUAAUUUAUUUAUUUAUUUAUUAUUAAUUUCUACAUUAACUAUAUUUAUAUCAGGAUUGGGAGCUAAUUAUGAGUUUGAUUUAAAAAAAAUUAUUGCUUUAUCUACAUUAAGACAAUUAGGAUUAAUAAUAAGAAGGUUAUCAUUUAACAUACCCAAAUUAGCUUUUUUUCAUCUUUUAAUACAUGCUUUAUUUAAGGCUUUAUUAUUUAUAUGUUCAGGAAUUAUUAUUCAUUUAUUAAAUAAUUUUCAAGAUAUUCGUUUAAUAGGUGGAAUAAGAAAUAUAAUAAUUAUAUUAGGAAGAAUUAUUAGAUUAGCUAAUUUAGCAUUAUGUGGAUUUCCUUUUUUAGCUGGAUUUUAUUCUAAGGAUUUAAUUUUGAUAAUGCUGCAUAUGACGAAUAAUAUAAAAAUAUUUAUGAUUAAUGAUGAACGCCUUAAGCAAACUGCAGAAGUUGCCAGAUACAUGAUUCACAAUAUAAACUGGGCAACUGUUGUUACGUUUUUGUCAACAAAAAAACUAUGUGUUGAUUCCGAGUUCUCAAAAUCUGUUUUUGGAAGUAUAAAAUCUAUAGCAGAUGGAACCAGGAAUAAAAGUACAGGUAUUCCGUACUUCUAUUUACAAAAAAAUGAGCCGAUAUUAGAAAAUUUAAGGAUAGAUAACAGAACAGCUUUGACGGUGACUAUUGAUCAAACAGAAUAUUGCCAAAAAUUGGGAAUUGACACCGUGGAACCAAAAUGCAGCAGAGUGAUUUUAAUGGGAAGAACUCAAAAAUUAAAUUUAAAGAGUAAGGAAUUCGAUUUUGCCAGGAGUGCUUUGAAGGAAAGCCAUCCCCAUUUGGAAGAAAAUUUUAAUGAGAAGUUUUUGAUUGCUAAGUUGGUUGUUGAAAAUAUUAAAGUAGUGGAUGGACCUGGUGGAUUCUAUCUCAUAAUAAAUAUUUUAAUCAUACUACUAGUGUUAUGGAGUUUAUUUGAAAGUUUAUAUAUUUAGUUGAAAUAA